AGAUCUGGGGGUGCCUCGGGGGGCGCGGGGGCUCCCUGUCCGCAGGGCUGCCCGAUUCAGCCCCAAACCCCCAAACAAAACAGAAACCAAAAAACACAUGAGAAACGAAUACGUUCUUAUUCACCAUGUGUAACAAACAACGUGUGUAUACACACUGCUGCAUACUCACCUGCAAACGCGUAGGUGUAUGUAAAUAUAGCUACAUCUAAGCGAACUUGCGCCUAAGUGUAAAUACUGGUAUACGAAGGUAAGUACGUGCACAGGACGCCCGUUUACAUUUGAAGUUUAGAUAAGCGGGUACUUUUCUGGUAUAAGUUUGUCCCAUUCAGUAUUUGAGACCAUUUACCCACAAAAAUGAUUCGUUGUUUGCCUGAAAUUCAAUUUGAGCGCGCGUCGCGCGCUUUCUUGGGCAACCCUAGCUGGGAGCGGCGGAUCGCCCGGGUGGCUGGAGGCGCGGCUGCGCGGGAACGCGCGAACUACAAGCCCCACAAGGCCGCGCGGGCACCCGGGGCCCUGAUAGGCUGUGAGGGGCUUCCGCCCUGCGUCACUUCCGGCCGCGGGGUUGGCGGUUGUCGCAGCCCCGGCGGGACUGAGGCUCCCGGGGCCGGGAGUCGGCGGCCGCCAUGAACUUCUCCGAGGUGUUCAAGCUCUCCGGCCUGCUGUGCAAGUUCUCCCCGGACGGCAAGUACCUGGCUUCUUGUGUCCAGUACCGGUUGGUGGUCCGGGAUGUGACCACCCUCCAGGUCCUUCACCUGUACACGUGCCUGGACCAGAUCCAACACAUCGAGUGGUCGGCGGACUCCCUCUUCAUCCUGUGCGCCAUGUACAAGCGGGGGCUGGUCCAGGUGUGGUCUCUGGAACAGCCCGAGUGGCACUGCCGGAUCGACGAGGGCUCGGCCGGGCUGGUGGCCUCCUGCUGGAGCCCGGACGGCCGCCACGUUCUCAACACGACCGAGUUCCACCUGCGGAUAACUGUCUGGUCCCUGUGCACCAAGUCCGUGUCUUACAUCAAGUACCCCAAAGCCUGCCAGCAGGGGAUCACCUUCACCCAGGACGGCCGCUACAUGGCGCUGGCGGAGCGGCGGGACUGCCAGGACCACGUGAGCGUCUUCGUCUGCAGCGACUGGCAGCUCCUGCGGCACUUUGAUACGGAGACCCAGGACCUCGCGGGGAUCGAGUGGGCCCCAAACGGCUGUGUGCUGGCGGUGUGGGACACCUGCCUGGAGUACAAGGUCCUGCUCUACUCCUUGGACGGCCGGCUCCUGUCCGCGUACUGCGCCUACGAGUGGUCCCUGGGCGUCAAGUCUGUGGCCUGGAGCCCCAGCAGUCAGUUCCUGGCCGUCGGAAGCUAUGACGGGAAGGUGCGCAUUCUUAAUCACGUGACCUGGAAAAUGAUCACAGAGUUUGGACACCCAGCCACCAUCAAUAAUCCCAAAAUAGGCUGCCGUGUCUUCCAGGUUGUGUACAAGGAAGCCGAGAAGACCCCGCGGCUGACGCUGGGCCGCCUGGCCUUCCCCCCGCCCAGAGCCGCGGCCGGCGCGGCCUCCCCCGCGGAGACCAAGUAUGAGAUUGCCUCCGUGCCAGUCUCGCUACAGACCCUGAAGCCUGUUGCCGACAGAGCGAACCCGAAAAUCGGCAUCGGAGCGAUGGCCUUCAGCCCGGACAGCUACUUCCUGGCGACGAGGAACGACAGUGUCCCGAACGCCGUCUGGAUCUGGGACGUGCAGAAGCUGAGGCCCUUCGUGGUGCUGGAGCAGCUGUCCCCUGUGCGCUCCUUCCAGUGGGACCCGCAGCAGCCCCGGCUGGCCAUCUGCACGGGAGGCGGCAGGCUGUACCUGUGGUCGCCGGCGGGCUGCGCGGCGGUGCAGGUGCCCGGGGAAGGUGACUUUCAGGUGCUGUCUCUGUGUUGGCAUUUAAGCGGGGACUCACUGGCCCUGCUCAGUAAGGACCACUUCUGCCUGUGUUUCCUGGAAACCGAGGACAGGGAUGGCAUGGCCUUUGGACGGCCAGGUGACCACACGUAGGGCGGGCGAGUGACCAGGCCCGGGUGAGACACGGGGCGCCGUGGCACGUGGCAGCUGCAGGGGGUCUCCCACAGCGGCGGCCCAGGCGAAAUGACUGACUUGUAUUUUUGUACAGCUCUUUUGUAAAUAUGUAUGGUAUGAAACUAGUUUUUAUUUAAAAUAAAUAUUUGCUGAUUCAUAA